CCUCUUUGUUGUCCCGGAUGUAGUUGUUUGUGGAUAGUGGAGGGAGUGUGUGUGAUUGUGGCCGGAAUUUAUUUGUUCGGUGCAAUUCUGUUUUCUUUUGUUUUACAUUUACAGAGUUCUUUAGAGAAAGGGUCCUUAGUCUUUAUUUUUUCGCGGUGUUUUUUUUUACCACCGUUUUGCUUUUUGUGGGAAUUAACAGGCUUUAGGAGAAUCAUGUCGGUCGUGCCUCCCAACCGAUCACAGACCGGCUGGCCCCGCGGAGUCACUCAGUUCGGAAACAAAUACAUCCCGCAGCCGACCAAGCCGCUCACCCUGGAGCGCACCAUCAACCUGUACCCGCUGACCAACUACACCUUUGGCACGAAGGAGCCCCUGUACGAGAAGGACAGCUCGGUGGCGGCGCGGUUCCAGCGGAUGCGAGAGGAGUUUGAGAAGAUCGGGAUGCGGCGGACGGUGGAGGGGGUUCUGAUCGUGCACGAGCACAGGCUGCCGCAUGUGCUGCUGCUGCAGCUGGGCACCACCUUCUUCAAGCUACCAGGUGGAGAAUUAAACCCAGGGGAAGAUGAAGUGGAAGGACUCAAGCGCCUUAUGACAGAGUUUUUUAAUCACCAGAUUCUGGGACGUCAGGACGGAGUCCAGCAGGACUGGGUGAUUGAUGACUGCAUAGGCAAUUGGUGGCGACCCAACUUUGAGCCUCCACAGUAUCCAUAUAUUCCAGCUCACAUCACCAAACCCAAGGAGCACAAGAAGCUGUUCCUUGUGCAGCUGCAAGAAAAGGCCCUGUUUGCCGUGCCCAAGAACUACAAACUAGUGGCUGCUCCCCUGUUUGAGCUGUACGAUAAUGCUCCCGGCUACGGACCCAUCAUCUCCAGCCUGCCACAGCUUCUGAGCAGGUUCAAUUUUAUUUAUAACUGAGGAGAUUCCUGUCCACUAGCUCCAGCGAGGGAUUGAGCUGUCUCUGUGAGCGCAGCCUCAGAAGGAGCAGAGUGACCCGGCAGAGGGCUCUGUGGAUUUGCCAGACUUUUUUGUCCAGUGUUUUGUUACAGCUGUUAAGAGAUGUGUCUUGUUUUAAGGAAUUAGUAUAGACGUGAUUAAAGCAAAUGUCAACUGUUAUAAAUGAGGUGGGAGAUUUUUUUUCUUUUCAAACAUUUAUUUUUUUAGUGUUGCUAUCACUUUUAUACUUCAUUAAAACUGUUCCCUGGUGACCCAAAAUCUUUUUUAUGCUCUUUGACAAAUGUCUCCCAAGUCUGUGUACAGUAGUGGAUUGUUUAAAGAUGUCAACUUGACCUAUCCUAUUUUUGCACAUGAAUGUCAUGUGUUUUUGUAAUAAAAUAGCCUUUCCUUGUU